AUGGAUGGCUCUGACUAUGUUGUGGUUGAUGGUGUUGGUGACUUAGUGGGUGAUGCUGUGACAUUCUCAAGCACAGGACUGGUAGCUAUGGUGGUAGCCGUGGUGAUAUUGGUUGACUCCAAGAACGACUCGUCACUGACGCUCCAAAGCAACAGCAGCAUGCUGUUGAAAUUCCACCAGAACGUACACCGCUUCCACCAAAGUCAAAGUAACAAUUCCAUAGAGAAACACUUUCAUGGUUCCGAUUAUCCAGAUUGCAGUAGUAGCUUCCGGUUCUGUUUGUUUGAUGUGCGUGAAAUUGCUGGUCGGAGAUUGUGCCAGAGGAAGGAUGCAGCGAGCUGGCUGGUGCUACGAUCGAACUGGUGCUGA